AUGGCUCCAGGAUCUCAACAACCCCCAGCGGGGCCUGCCGGUCUUCCACCUCGGAAGGUCGAUACCUUCACGGGCGAUGUUAUUCAUCACGACACUUAUCCAGAAAUCUACCCCGUGACAUCGUCUAACUGCACGGGCAAAGCCGUCCUCGUCACUGGCGCCAGCAAGGGGCUGGGUAAGGCAAUCGCCAUCGGCUACGCUGAAGCUGGAGCAUCACACAUAGCUGUCGCGGCCCGAUCGGAUGUCUCAUCCACCGUCGCCGCUGUACGCGAUGCUGCCAUCAAGGCCGGACGUGAUGAGCCAACAGUGUUUUCCAUGGAGAUGGAUGUCAGCGAUAUGGCGAACGUGAGGGCGGCAGCAAAGAAGUUGACGGAAGAAUGGGGCCGACUUGAUAUCCUGGUCAACAACGCUGGCUAUAUGGCGCCAUUCAAGCUGCUAUUGGAGACAGAUGAUGAUGAGUACAUGAAGGCAUGGGACGUAAACUACUGGGGCACUUACAGGGUCACAAAGGCAUUCUUGCCUUUGAUGCUGAAGGGAGGAGACAAGACGAUCGUCAACAUGUCCUCUGUCGCGGCGCAUUUUAUGGGCGCCGGAGGUGGUGCUUACCACGUUUCUAAGUUUGCCUUGAUUCGUUUCACGGAGUUCGUUCAGGAUGAGUACGGUGAUCAGGGGGUCUUGGCAUUCUCAAUUCAUCCCGGGGGAAUCCCCACCGAGUUAUCCUCAAACCUCCCCGAGAAGCUUCAAUUUCGAAUGACAGAUACCCCUGAGCUUGCUGCCCACUCUAUCCCCUACCUGACAAGCCAGAAGCGGGAGUGGCUCGGCGGGAGGUGGUUGAGUUGCAUGUGGGACAUGCCUACGCUUUUAACGAUGGAGAAGGAGAUCAUCGACAAGAAUUUGCUGAAGUUCAAGUGCACAGGGUUGUAG